GUCACGGAUGGAAGUCGGCUCCCACCACCUUUCAUGUAACAGACCCGCCUCUGUGGCGUCCGUUCGCGACCGACGCGUCGCUUAGUCGCAGCUCACGGCUCCAGCCUGCGUCCGGUUACUGUCGCGAUGUGGUUCACUGUGGUGAUUUUCAGCGUCGCCCUGGUCGUGUUUAUAUGCAAAUAUGUCUACGGCCCGCGUGGACCCAACCCGUUUGAGGUGGACACCCGUGAACCUCUUAAGCCUAUGGUGCACGUUCGGAAGGAGAAGAAUAAAGUGCUAAAACAAGGUUUCCUGGCCAGUAAAGUCCCAGACAAUUUGGAUGCCGUGAUCAUUGGCAGCGGAAUCGGUGGCCUUGGACUGGCGGUUCUGCUGGCCAAAGUUGGGAAAAAAGUCCUGGUUCUGGAGCAGCAUGACCGUGCAGGAGGAUGUUGCCACACCUUCACAGAAAAAGGCUUUGAAUUUGAUGUUGGUAUUCAUUACAUCGGCGACUUGCAGAGCCACAAGCCGUUCCGCUGCAUGUUGGACCAACUGACCAACGGGCAGCUGCAAUGGGAUCCGCUAGAAAACCCGUUUGACCAAGUUGUGAUUGGUCCUCCAGAGAACAGGCGGCGGUAUCCCAUCUACAGUGGCAGAACCCGCUUCCCAGAGGAGCUGAAGAAGUGUUUCCCUGGGGAGGAGAAGGCCAUCGAUGAGUACGUUAAGAUGGCAAAGAAAGCAGGGCGAGGCAUUUGGCUCCUGCCCAUGUUGAAGCUCCUUCCGUCCCCUGUGGCUAAACUUCUGGUCAGCAGUGGACUGGCCAAACAUCUGUCCUACUUCUUUAAGAUGGCGCCCCGCAGCCUGACAGAGGUGGUCAAUGAGCUGACGGAGAACAAGGAUCUCAGAGCGGUCUUUGCCUACAUCUUCGGCACCUAUGGUAACAUCCCUAAAGAAGCCAGCUUUGCCAUGCACAGUCUGCUGGUGACUCACUAUCUCAACGGAGCCUGGUACCCCAAAGGUGGAGCCACUGAGAUUGCCUACCACAUGAUUCCUAUUAUUGAGAAGGCUGGGGGCGCUGUUCUGGUCCGCGCUCCAGUCAACAGGAUCUUGUUCAACGAUGCGCAGGAAGCUUGUGGUGUGAGUGUGAUGAAGGGUCAGGAGGAAGUUCACAUCAAGGCACCUAUGGUCAUCUCCAACGCUGGGAUAUUCAACACUUACCAGAAGCUGCUGCCCAAGGAGCUCCAGGCCACGCCAGCGAUCCGCCAGCAGCUCAGCAUGAUGAAGAACGGUGAGGGGGGCAUCAGCAUAUUCCUGGGACUGAACGGGACCAAGGAGGAGCUGGGCUUGAAGGCUGACAACUACUGGAUCUUCGCUGAGAAUAAUCUAGAUGAACUGAUGGACAAGUACAAUGGAGGGGACAGGGAGGUGUCUGCUAAAAAUGUGCCCAUCCUGUUUGUUGCUUCACCUUCUGCGAAAGAUUCCACGUGGGAGGAGAGGUCCCCAGGCAAGUCCACCUUGAGUCUGGUCAGUUUCGCCAAGUACAAGUGGUUCGAGGAGUGGAAGGACGACAAAGUGACCAACAGAAGUCCGGAGUAUAAAGAGCUGAAGCAGAUUUUCAUUGACUCCAUCGUGGAAGUCGUGAUGGAGGUUUUUCCUAAAAUCACCAGAGACAAGAUUGAGUAUGUUGAUGCUGGGACACCUGUCACAAACACGCACUACAUCGGUGCCCCUAAAGGGGAGAUCUACGGCGCGGACCACGGCAUUGGCCGCUUCAGCCCUGAAGUCAACACUACAGUGAGGCCGCAGACUCCGCUGAAGAACCUCUACCUGACAGGUCAGGACGUCUUCUUGUGUGGCUUUGCUGGAGCCCUCGCCGGAGCGCUGACCUGCGGCUCCGUUAUUCUCAACCGCAACUUGCACCUGGAUGCCAUCAACCUGGCCAAGAGAGUCCAAUACAUGAAUCAUAAGCUGAAAGACGAGUGAGCGUUCGCAUGUUACGUCGUGUUAAUCGAGAAGCAGCGGGUUCAUUCAAAACUAUCUGCUUCUAUAACAGCUGACAAGACUAAAACACAAUUCAGUUUCAGAUCACUCAUGCGUGUAGUUUGUUGUGAUAUUAAGCAUCUAUAGAAGUCAGAAUUAGUUGCUGUUAUUUGGGGACACUAACUUUGUAUUUAAACAUGUUGCUGCUGACAUAUUUUACCGCUCUGUGCCUCAGAUUGUUCCCAUGUGUCUGACACCUCACUUUAUGAUCAAUAAGUUUUGGAAAAACUGUUCAAAUUCUUGUUGUGUUAGUUUGGUGUUGCAGUUUCCAGCAACAUACUGAUCCCUAUUUGAAAAUGAAGCUCACUUGCUACCAUAUCUGAAGAGGUGGAAUUAAAACAGCAUCUGAACCAUGAACGCCUCCCAUCUCUUGGAUGUGUCUGACUCUGUCUCGACGAAAGAACCAUGAAUGGCUGGCAUGCGCCCCGUCAUCAUUGGACCAGGAAGUAGCCUUUGACUCAUUCCGAGAGGGUAAAAAGCUUCUUCAUGGAUGCAUCAUGUAUCUUCUGUGAUGCAUAACUUUCUAUUAUGAAGUGGUGAUUGUUUUUUAAUCGCAAAUAAAAGCGAUAGAUUAGAUUCAAUGGCCUUUAUUAGUCCCACAGAGGAGAAAUUCAGACCUGGAAGUCAGACCUCGAUGUAGAUGAAAUGACUGGCAAACAACUCGCUUGACAAAGU